AUGGAUUGCACCACAAAUUUUGAGAAGACAGCUUCAAAGAGAAAGUUUUUCGAAGGUGAAAGUUCUGGAACAAAGAUUGUAAAGCCAAAGAAACCGAGGAAGAACAAGCCACAAACUGAUCCAAACCCAAAACCUGAUCUACCCGUAGAGGUCAAGAAUUUAAUCAAUGCCCUGGGGGGUUCUGAGCCAAUUUUAGUCAUACAAAAAUCCUUGUUCGCUACAGACGUUAGUAAUCAACAUAACCGGCUAUCGAUACCAAUAAAUAAAAUCGAAGAGGGUUUUCAUCUAGAAGAGGAUGAGAAGAAAGCAUUGGUCCUUCGCAAUGGAAAGAAGUGUGGUGAAAUAUCAGCUAGCUUGGUUGGACGGUCCCCUGAAGAAAUUGAAAUAAAACUGAGGAAGUGGGACAUGAAGAAGAAGCAUAGUGGCACGAAUAAUCCAGUGUACGUUUUGACCCAAUCUUGGAACACGUUUAGGGUUAGUAAUGGAUUGAAAGCAGGAAUGGUUGUGCAGGUUUGGUCAUUCCUAGUUAAUUCAAGGCGAUGGUUUGUUGUUGUUAACAAUGGCGAAGAAGAUUAA